CGUUGACAUUACCCAUCAGUAUGGCUCGGUUCUCUGCGCACGACUUAUUAAAAUCGAACAGAAACAAAAUUUCGGCACAUUUUUUGUUAAUUUAACCCUUUUAAUAGCGCCUAAUUUAUAGAAAAUUGUGAAAUAACUAAACAUUAAAGUGUAAAGAAUGUGGAAAUUGUGAAAACUAAAGUGAUAUGAAAGAAUUUGGUGUGGAAAUUUGUGAUUAUUAUUCCCCUAAAAAAAGACUUCCAUGCCCAAAAGUAACGAGUUCACAAGGCAAUAAGAAAUUAAAGAUCAUUCGCUACUCUCGCGACCAAAGUAACGAGUAGAUGAUAAUCUCGCCAAAAGAAAAAAAUUCACUCGAAGUAAAUUGACAUAAUAAACACAAGAAAAAAGGAGAAAAAAUACCAACCACGAUAUAGAAAAAAUAUAAAAAUAAAUUAUGUGUGUUGCAUAGAACAAGAAGAAGUGCAGUGUAAUAAUGUAACGACUAGAAGAAAAUCUAGCCAAGAAAGUAAAUAAAGAAAUCAUAGUGCAAUAUGAUGACCAAAUAAUGAAUAGCAUGAAAAAACUACAACAGCAACAACAACGUUAAAUUCAGCGACAUUUCUACACAAAUAUUUAUACACCAAGUGCCUAUGGUUUCCACCCCAAUUUGCAUACUUGUUAAGAAAAGAAAAGAAAACAACAACAAAAUAUGUAAAUAAAAGAAAUACCUUGAAAAUAAUUACCAAUCAAGCUUGGAGUGCAACCUACGCGCCUCUACAACCACACGAGCAACAACAGCAGCAACAGCAAUAAUAACAAAAGAAACGUAUCUUUUACAACAAAAUUCAUUGAUUGUGAUAUGAGUGCUAAAUAUUGCAAGAAUGCAUCAAGCGGGCGGAAAAAGUGGUCGCCCCAAAAAUAAAUAUACGGCUGAAGCACUCGAAACGAUAAAACAGGACUUGACAAGAUUUCAAGUUCAAAAGGAUAAUGGAGUACAGAAUUUUGGUCACUUGCGAUAUUCAGCUGCCAACGGUCGAUCCGAUGCACCCGAAUACCAUCACGUUAAACCGCCGAUGGAGCCACCUCCAUCGGCCACACCCUCACCUGCCCAACUACAAUCAGCUACAGCACAACUCAAUGGACAUGUGCCCAAAGUAAUGCCACCGUCCAUUGUACCGCCAAAACUCAUACGCAAAUCGAGUAUUGAACGAGAUCUUUCCAUUAACUAUCUGCGUUGCAGUCCCGCCCUCGAUUCCGGAGCGGGCAGUUCACGUUCCGAUAGUCCACAUUCACAUCAGCAAGUAACGUGUGCCAGUCGUGCUAGUACUGGCCAAUAUUCACCAUCACCAUCAAAUUUCAGCGAUGUUGCACCGCCCGCACCACCACCUCGAAAUCCAACCAGUGGCAGCUCGGCCACACCACCUCCGCCGCCACCAUCAAACCAGAUCUAUAAACGUCGUUCACCGGCGACAACCCGUCCUGCAGCCAUAACACCGAAUCCGACGCGUGGCACAUCGCCGGUUAUACCGCAGAAUGGUAUUAAGGCCCAGCAACAGUUGUCGCAACAAAUGAAGGCACUGAGUCUGUACCAGGCGGGUGGUGGCAAUGCUGUAGAACCACCACCGCCCUAUCCCCUAACAACGGGGGUGGUUGUUCCUACAUCAGCUCCACCGCCCAGUUACAAUGCAUCAAUACAAUCCCGGCAAUCUCCUACACAGUCUCAGUCGGAUUAUCGCAAAUCGCCGAGCAGUGGUAUUUAUUCGGCAACCUCAGCUGGAUCGCCAAGCCCCAUAACGGUAACAAACAGUGCAAUUCUUCCACCACCACCAUUGCAGCCAUCAUCAUCAGUGGCUCGGCCACAGCCACGUGUCUAUCCAACCCGAACCCAGCAGCCCAUCAUUAUGCAAAGUGUCAAGUCAACGCAAGUGCAGAAGCCUGUCCUGCAAACAGCUGUAGCACCACAGUCUCCUGUCACAGCAUCGGCCUGUAAUUCUCCAGUCCAUAUACUUCCAGCACCGCCAUCAUAUCCGCAAAAGAGCCCCGCUGUGGUUCAACAACAACAACAACAACAGCAGCAACAAUCACCGUUACUGGCCGGUGGGGUACCAACGACCCAUCCUGUAGUUAGUAAAUCAACACCGCCAACACCAACAACUCCUCCCCUAAUUGCCAAUGCGCUGAACGGCACCGUAAUGACCAAGUCGCCGUGUGCCGAACCGCCUUCGUAUGCCAAAAGUAUGCAAGCCAAGGCUGCCCAGCAUCACCAACAGCAGCAGCAACAGCAUCAUCAACAGGUUGCAGCCGCUGCUGUGCUUCAGCAACAACAACAAAUUCAAGCUCAGCUGAGGGCAACAGCGGCGAUAGCAGCCCAACAACAACAGAAGCCACCAGCUGUGGUGCCUGUUGUGGGCGGGGGUCGCCAACUGCCGCCACCACCACCCUAUCAGAGUACACGAUCAGUAGUAACGGCACCACCACCUCCACAUCCCUUGCCAUCGUCUUCGCCACAUGAUGUCAACAGCAAUAACAACAAUAUCAUGGAUACGCGAUCCUCAACGAAUGGUGGCAGUGGUGGUGGUGGGGGUGGGGCGGCGAGCAAUGGCGGGCCAUCAACAAAUAACAAUAACCUUCUUUCACCCAUUACGAAUAGUAAUCUAGCCACAACACCCCCCAUACCGCCCAGCAAACCCAGCCAAAAUAAUUCCGGCAGUGGUGGAGAAUCGGUGGCAUCAUCCUCAUCGGGAGGUGGUGCCACCGCUUCAUGUGCUGGUGGCAAAUCAAGUCCACCCGAAAAUGUGAAAAAGAUCAAACAUGCCUCACCCAUACCUGAACGCAAGAAAGUUUCCAAAGAAAAAGAAGAAGAACGCAAAGAAUGUCGCAUACGUCAAUACUCACCACAGGCUUUCAAAUUCUAUAUGGAACAGCACAUAGAGAAUGUGCUCAAAUCCUAUAAGCAGCGAACGUUCCGCAAGAAUCAGCUGGAAAAGGAAAUGCUUAAAAUCGGUCUAUCAACUCAGACCCAGGUGGAGAUGCGUAAAAUGCUCAAUCAAAAGGAAAGCAACUACAUACGUCUGAAGCGAGCAAAAAUGGACAAGAGUAUGUUUGUCAAGAUCAAACCCAUUGGUGUGGGUGCUUUCGGUGAGGUUACCCUGGUGCGUAAGAUCGAUACCACCAAUCAUUUGUAUGCCAUGAAAACGUUGCGCAAAGCUGACGUUUUGAAACGCAACCAGGUGGCCCAUGUGAAAGCAGAACGUGAUAUUUUGGCUGAGGCGGACAAUAAUUGGGUCGUGAAACUCUACUAUAGUUUUCAGGAUAAGGAUAAUUUAUAUUUUGUGAUGGAUUAUAUACCGGGUGGUGAUUUGAUGUCGCUCUUAAUUAAAAAGGGCAUAUUUGAAGAACCUUUGGCCCGUUUCUACAUAGCCGAGCUUACGUGUGCCGUUGAGAGUGUACAUAAGAUGGGCUUUAUUCAUAGGGACAUAAAACCUGACAAUAUACUAAUCGAUAGGGAUGGCCAUAUUAAAUUAACCGAUUUUGGUCUGUGCACUGGUUUUAGAUGGACACAUAAUUCUAAAUAUUAUCAGGAGAAUGGUAACCAUGCUAGGCAGGAUUCUAUGGAACCGUGGGAGGACUUUUCUGAUAAUGGACAAAAACCUACGGUAUUGGAGAGGCGAAGGUUACGUGAUCACCAAAGGGUAUUGGCCCACUCGUUGGUGGGCACACCCAAUUAUAUUGCUCCCGAAGUUUUGGAGCGAAGUGGUUACACACAGUUAUGUGAUUGGUGGAGCGUAGGCGUUAUACUCUAUGAAAUGUUGGUAGGUCAACCACCGUUUUUGGCCAAUACCCCAGUUGAAACGCAACAAAAGGUUAUAAAUUGGGAAAAGACUCUACAUAUACCGCCCCAGGCAAAACUUCUGCCGGAAGCCCAAGAUCUAAUAUUGCGACUGUGUACAUCGGCCGAUAAACGUCUUGGCAAGAAAGCCGAAGAAGUCAAGGCGCACGACUACUUCAAAGGUGUUGACUUUGCCGAUAUGAGGCGUCAAAUCGCUCCAUAUAUUCCAAAGAUUGAACAUCCAACUGAUACUUCAAAUUUUGAUCCUAUCGAUCCCGAUAAACUGCGUUCAGAUUCGAAUAUGAGUGGUGAUGAGUUCAAUGAUUCGGACAAACCGUUUCAUGGCUUUUUCGAAUUCACCUUUCGACGUUUCUUUGAUGAUAAACUUAAUCCUGAUGUAAUGGAUGACCAGUCACCAGUGUAUGUUUGAGAGAGAGAGAGAGAGAGAGAGAGAAAGAGAGUGAGAGAAUAUGAUGAAUAACGAAUACAAAACAAAUAAAAUGUGAGUUGUUUUUUCUUUUUUGGUCCAUCCAAAAAGAAAUUUGUUGUGUUGUCGAUGGUAAAAUAUAUUUUCUAAAACAAAAAAGAAAAGUAAACAAGAAUAAUUAUAGUUAAAGAACAAAACAAUGCAUAGUCAAUUUAAUUUAAAAAUCAAGUUUUUCUCUAAAAUAUAUGUAACACACACCAACACAAGUAA